CGUCCGUUUGAAUGUGAUAAUCAAGAAGAGUUAAAGAAAAUGAUCGUCAAAGCACCGAUCAAAUAUCCUGACAUGGAUCCACCUGUUAGUCCUGCUUGCAUCUCUGCAAUUCAAGGUUUUCUUGAACGAGACAUUACAAAGCGUUUGGGCUGUGGCCCUAAUGGGUUUGCUUUUAUUCAAAACCACCCAUUUUUUCGUAACAUUGAUUGGUCAUCGUUGGAAAAUAAGAGUAUAAAUCCAAUAUUUCGCCCUUCAUCAGAUAGAAUCAAUUUUGACGCUACAUAUGAUUUAGAAGAAUUGCUUUUGGAAGAACAACCGCUGGAAGCGAAAUCACGCCGACGAAAACCUAGAAAAUAUAAGGAUGGUGAAGGAUCUGAAAAAGAAGCACAAUAUCAAUUGAUUGAAGAGAAAUUUAAGCCAUUUGAUUAUACAGUAUUUGAAAGAUAUGAAGGCUGGGUAGACCCAGUCACCAAAUGUGUUGCGGAACCACCUGAAUGGGUUAAACCAGCUGCUGUUGAAUUAGCCAAUCAAAUGGAAAGAGAAAGCCAAGAUGGAAUUGGUACAGGAUCAGGUGAUCUUAGUAGUUUAGCAGGAAUACCUUUAGAAGGUGGGGUUCAGGUUUAA